AAUUAGAAAAAUUAAUAAUAAUCUCACUUUUUCUUUUCUUUCUCUUUCUUGUCUCACUGUCAAAAGCUCAACGAAAACACAAAGCUUUCAAAGCUCUACCCAAAAAAACUCGCAAACCGACAUCCACUCUCACUCUCUCUGGUACUCCGACGAGCUUGGAAGACGACGAUGAAGGGCUACGUCACCUUGACGGCGCCGCCGGCGAAGCGCAGGUGGAAGGGCGUGGCGGUGGCGGUGGUGCUGGCGCUUGUUGUCUUCUCUAUGCUCGUCACUCUGGCUUUCCUCCUUGGUCUUCAUAACCGGCUUCCUUAUGGGUAUGGGAGUGGAGAUCGGGCGCCUUCGGAGUCGGGAUUUCGGAGUUUUGAUCAUUUGGAUGUUGUUGGGGGUGAAGAGCAGCAGAUUUCUGAGGGUGAAGAAGCGAGGAUUACUAAUCUGGUGGAAAGAUUUGGACAUGCGCUGGAUGUCACUGAGGACCUAACAACACAACCUGAGGCCACCCCCAAGAGUGCUGCAAAGGAUACAGUCUCCUACUCCAAAGAUUUGCCCCCUCCACAAGUAGAACCAAAGAAACAACCAUCAAAAAAGGUCGGGAAUAAUGAAGUCAGUAAAAAGAAUUCUGCCCAAGGUUCAAGCAGAGAUGAAACUGGUAAACCUUGUCAGGUUGAAUUCGGUAGCUACUGCCUUUGGUCUUCAGAACAUAAAGAAGUUAUGAAGGAUACCACAGUGAAGAGGGUCAAAGAUCAGCUUUUUGUCGCUAGAGCUUACUAUCCAAGUGUCGCAAAACUCAAGCAUCAGGAGAAGCUGUCUCGUGAAAUGAAACAAAACAUUCAAGAACAUGAACGGAUGCUUAGUGAAGCAAUUUCAGAUGCAGAUCUUCCACCACUUGUUGAAAAGAGGAUACAGAAGAUGGACCAAACGAUUGCAAAAGCCAAAGCUUCUGUUUCAGACUGUAAUAAUGUAGACAAGAAAUUUAGACAAAUACUUGAUUUGACUGAGGAUGAAGCUCAUUUCCAUAUGAAGCAGAGUGCAUUCUUAUAUCAUCUUGGCAUACAUACCAUGCCUAAAAGUCUCCACUGCUUAUCAAUGAGAUUAACUGUUGAAUAUUUCAAAUCACCAUCAUUAGAUAGAGAACAGUCACAUGGCCAGAAAUUUGAAAACCCAAAUCUCCAUCACUAUGUGAUAUUUUCUAAAAACGUACUUGCGGUAUCUGUUGCUAUCAAUUCGACGGUGAUGAACUCUGCGGAAAGCAGCAAUAUUGUUUUUCAUAUUGUUACUGAUAGGCAGAAUUUCUUUGCUUUGAAAUUAUGGUGUGCCAGAAACUCAUUUAAGAAAGCUUCUGUUCAUAUUAUUAAUAUUGAGGAUCUGGACCUAGAACAGCCAAUUGAAUUGGAUUCUGAGGAAUUUCGUGUCUCAAUUCAUGCCAGUGAUCAACCGUCUUCUCUGCAGAUGAAGACUGAAUACAUGUCAGUAUUUAGCCCAGCUCACUUUCUUCUCCCAAGAAUAUUCAAGAAUUUGAAGAGGGUGGUGGUUUUGGAUGAUGAUGUGGUAGUCCAGCGGGACUUAUCACCCUUAUGGAAGCUUGACAUGGAAGGAAAAGUGAAUGGUGCUGUGCAGUUUUGCAGGGUGAGAUUGGGUCAUUUGAAAUCAUAUUUGACAAAUCAAAAUUAUGAGAGCAGUACAUGUGCUUGGGUGUCUGGGCUAAAUGUAGUCAACUUGGAAAAGUGGAGAGAGCUUGAUGUCACUGGAACUUACCAGCAGCUACUUAAGAAGAUGAAGAGCACUAGUAGUGAUUCCGGGAGAACAGCAGCUCUGCCUGCAAGCUUGCUUGCAUUUCAAGGUCUGAUCUAUGGUUUAGAUGAUUCCUGGGUGCUCUCAGGACUUGGUCAUGACUAUACACUGACCAGAGACUCAAUAAAACAUGCUGGAGUUCUGCAUUAUAACGGUAACAUGAAACCUUGGCUUGAACUUGGUAUUCCAAAAUACAAGAAAAACUGGAAAAAUUUCCUCACAAAAGACGAGCGGUUCAUGGAUCAGUGCAACGUAAAUCCAUAGCGAGCUUGAAGUACAAAACCGGGAAAUCCUAUGUUUGGAAUUUGAGACAACUGAAGCAGAUUGUUGAAAUUUUGGCACCUCAAGUUCAAUGAGAUUCUAUAUGGAGUGAAAUAUCGAAAUCAUAUAGGAUGUCUACUACAAGGGAGCGAACAAUUGUAUUCCAAGCAAGUACUACAUCGAAAAUUCAACCCUGUUAUUUACCCAGGCUGGCGAAAUUGUACACGGGACGAGCUCGACAAGGUUGAUGGUGUAUGUAGACAGCCAUUCAGGUCAGUUUUGAGUUCAUUUAAUUGUACCAUUCAUUUGUGAUAUAGUUAAUAGUUCUGAUGAUUAUUCCCUUUGUCCAUGUACAAUUCCCCCCUCUUCACAUAUUCUUUGAGCCCUUGUUUUUCUCAAACAAUAAGGGUAUACACUAAGCUAUAUUUGUGAUUCUUUGGUUGUCAA